AUGAAAGAUCUCAUGAAUUUUGGCAAAGAAACUUCAGGCUACAUUGACCUUGAUGGUAAGUUGCAUGGAUUGGCCUGGAAACAAACAAAGAGGGAACCAGCAGAAGAGGCUCUGAAAAGUAAUAACCUGAAUCUAGAUCAAGCUAUGGGUACACUCUUAGAAAAAAAAGUGGAGAUGGACAAACGUGGAAUGGGAAUGUCAGAUUACAAUGGAAUAGUUUCUAAACCACUUGGCUGCCGACCACCUACUAUCCCCAAAGAGUCUUCCAUGGAUCGGCCCACCUUUUUUGACAAGGAUGGCGGCCUAGUGGAAGAGUCCCCUACUUCACCAUUUUUGCCUUCACCAAGCCUGAAGCUUGCCCUUUCAAACAGUGCACACCCUAAUCAGGCCCUUGGUGCCAUUGCCUCGGGGCUGGGCAUGCAAAACUUGAAUUCUUCUAGACAGAGUGGCAAUCUAGGUAUGUUUGGCAAUAGUGGAGCAGCACAAGCCAGGACCAUGCAGCAGCAACCGCAGCCGCCAGUGCAACCUCUUAACUCAUCCCAGCCUAGUCUUCGUGCUCAAGUGCCUCAGUUUCUAUCCCCUCAGGUUCAAGCACAGCUCUUGCAGUUUGCAGCAAAAAACAUGGGUCUCAACCCUGCACUAUUAGCCUCGCCAAUUAAUCCUCAGCAUAUGACUAUGUUAAACCAACUCUAUCAGCUGCAGCUGGCUUACCAGCGUUUACUGUUCCAGCAGCAGAUGUUACAGGCCCAACGUAAUGUUUCUGGAACCAUUCGACAACAAGAGCAGCAAGUUGCACGUACAAUCAACAACAUGCAGCAGCAGAUCCAACAACACCAGCGGCAGCUGACCCAGGCCUUGCUUAUGAAACAGCAACCUCCACAUCCACCAUUGCACCCAUCUGCAGGCAAAGUAACCAUUGAUAAUUUGAGUCAUCACCCAUCUCCCAGCCUUUCAGACCUGCAGACCAAAGAGCAGCAAACAUCACCCAAUUCUUUCCCUGCAUAUUCCUUGGCUGGAUUGAUCCCGAAUAUGAAUGUAAGCAACAUGGAGCUAAGUGGUGGUUUAUCCAUGAAGGAUUCAGCUCAAGCCCAAUCUCGAUUGAGGCAGUGGACCCACCCAAACUCUAUGGAAAAUUUAAGCAGCAAUUCUUUACCACUGGACCAGAGCCAGAACAAGCAUGGUGCUAUCCCUGGAGGUCUCAAUAUUGGUCCAACAAGCAAGCCCUCCCUUGAGGACUCCUACAGUCCAUAUGAUCUGAUAACCAGCAGUGAGUCACCAGCCAGUCCACCGGUACCAGUCAGUGAUAGCUGGACACGUGCCAAAUCCCCUGCCGAUAAGAUCUCAAAUGGCUCCAACAUUAACUGGCCACCAGUGAUUUACUGUUCUACUGCCUACUUCCUAACUACUAAAGAGUUUCGCCCUGGGGAGCCAUGGAAAGGACUACAGAAUAUCGACCCUGAGACUGAUCCUAAUGUUACACCUGGAAGUGUCCCCAGUGGACCUUCCAUUAAUACUACUAUCCGGGAUGUGGAUCGUUACCUGCUCAGGGACAGGAGUGGAGGGUCAUCCCCAACAUCAUCUCAGAACGCCACGCUGCCUUCAUCUAGUGCCUGGUCCUUCAGUGCCUCUGGCUAUACUAGCUCCUUCAGCAGCUCUACAUCUGCACCUAAUACUGCAGCUAAACUGACAGAUAAGUCCACUUGGUCACCUGGACCCAUUGCUCAAACUCAACCAUCGCUAUCGCAUGAAUUAUGGAAAGUGCCGCUAGGAUCCAAAAACACUCGGCCACCACCAGGCCUGACAAACACCAAGCCAUCACCAUCCUGGGGUGUCAGUUCACUCGGACUCGUCUCAAGCUGGCCAAGCUCUUAUUCCUCCAAUUCUGCUUGGAGUACUGACAGCUCUGGAAGAAACAAUAGCUGGCUGGUUCUCCGAAACCUCACACCCCAGAUCGAUGGUUCGACCUUGCGGACUUUAUGCAUGCAACAUGGUCCAUUGAUAACAUUCCAUCUGAACCUGACCCAAGGAAAUGCUGUGGUUCGCUACAGUUCCAAGGAAGAAGCAGCUAAGGCCCAGAAGUCUCUGCACAUGUGCGUUCUGGGAAACACUACCAUCCUCGCUGAAUUUGCUAGUGAUGAGGAAGUUAACCGUUUCUUUGCACAAGGUCAAACACUGACACAGACCUCUAGCUGGCAGUCUAACACAGGAACCAAUCAGAGCCGACUUGGGUCGAGCACCAACUCUCACGGAUUGGUCCGCAAUGAUCUGGGUCACUGGAAUACUACAAGCCUGAGUGGGAAAGGAGCAAAUGACCUCCUAUGGAGUGGUGUCCCCCAGUACUCCAGCAGCCUAUGGGGGCCUCCAAACAGUGAUGAUACCAGAGUAAUUGGCAGCCCUACGCCUAUAAACACCUUGCUACCUGGUGAUCUUCUCAGUGGAGAAUCCAUGUAGGGAAAACCGACGAUCUUGUGGAGCUAACAAUCAGCACUAAACAACCCAAUUUUGGGCAUCAUAUUGACCCUUGAUCCACAACCUUUUUUUGGUUGGGUGUGGAGGGUGGGCAGGGAAAUGGGAGGGAGGGGAAGGGGCAUGGAAAGUCUACUUUUGUGAGCCUGGGUUUAGUAUGCACAUUACCCUUGCUUUCAUUAUUUCGUUGAUCCCAAAAACAUAUCAACACAAAUACUUGAAUCAAGCAGGCCAAUAAUGAAAUGUGAAAACCGUCUAAUUUACACUUCCAAGAUGUUGUCAUCACAAAUAGGCUCAAACAAAAAAAGGUUUGUUUGUCUGUCUGUGUGCGUGUGCGUGUGUGUGUGUGUGUGUGUGUGUGUGUGUGUGUGUGUGUGUGUGUGAGAGAGAGAGAGAGAGAGAACGAUGGCUCAGAUGUGUGAGUGCGUAUGAAAUCCGUGUGUUUUUGUUUCUUUAUACAGUAUAUGCUUUUAUUUGCUUGUCAGUCAAAUUAUUAGCUUCUAACUUUGCACUGAGUGUAUGCAGCCCCUCCAGCUAAUCUUACAAAGGGGGCCAGCAGCAAUUCAUGUGUAAAUGUUUACUCAAGGACGCUCUUAAACAGUGUGUGCUCUGGAGAUGAUGUGUAUACCUACCUUUAGUGGCUUUUUUUGUGGACUAAUGCAAGAGAAUUAUUACAGGAGUAUUGCACCAGUUUUCUUUCAGAGUAUAAAAUUUAAAAAAAAAAUUAAAAAUGCUCUAGUUGAACUGUGGCCAUAGCUACACGAUAGAGUGGACCCAGCCUGCAAGCAGGCAAUGGGAAGCACUUGGACUGCAUAUUUUUGUGACUGAUUUGGAGGUGCCUGUGUCUGGUAUCCUCCUGUUUACAAACUUUUUGGAACCUUAGAGAAAGGAAAAACAAAAUGAAAAAAGGACAAUUACUCUUCCAUCAAAACCUAUUUUCAGAAUGAAGAUGUGCUACUUCAGAACUCUGGGAAUGAACAGUGUUGUUUUUUUUUUUGGCCAUUGUUGUGUAUUUUUUCCUUCAUAAAUGUUUGCUCACUUUCUUGCACACAGUGGAUGAUGUCUCAGGAAGGCCUGAAUUUUCUGGGGAGCUACUCCACGCCAUUUCAUGUAUUUUAACCCAACUUCUAGCACUGAAGAAAAGAAGAAAAUACCUGUUUAUUCUGUAGCAGUUACUUAUUUACCAAAUAAUGGACACAACAAUGUUUGAAGAGUGCUUUAUGAAAUGCUUUAUGUUUUAAAAAGAAAUCAAUGCUUUUGAUUGUGUUAAAGACAAUGGACUAACAUACUGUAAGGUAUGUUACUGUAUAAACUCUCCUUGUCCCAGCCUGCUUUGAUCAGGUAACUUGUGCAUUAACUUUGGAUAGGUUUUAUUGGUUUUAUCGAGCUGUUGUUGGAAGUGGAAAGCUGGUUUAAAGAGGAUCAUGAACUAUGCACAAAUGGGUUCAAGACUUUGUUUUUCCUGAAUUUUAGUAGAGUGUAUUUACUUGUUUCUUCUCAGAAGGUAUUUACAUCUCAUUGCCAUUAUGUAUAUUCCAAGCCGAAAAUAGUCUUGAGUAGUAGAAAAAAACCUGACUUUAAAGUUUUAGGGGGUUUGAGGGAAGAAAAGGGUAUGAACAUCUGUGUUUAUUUCAUUUUUGCCUUUGAAUUGCAAAUGUUGAUAAUCCAAGUUUUGUUUUUAAAGUUGGUGGCUUUUAACAUUUUCUCCUCAUAGAAUGUGAUUGUAAAACAUAUGCACAGAAGAUUGCUUUCUUGAACUUAUUGGGCUUCUUGAGAACUAUCAUUUACAGGUUUUAUUCCCUUACAGUUGUACAAGAUCAAUUAAUGCAUUAUCUUUUGGAAAUGAAGGAUAAUUUUUAUUCACUUACACUGAGCAGAUCCCAAAGGUUCAGUAUGUUGUGGUAAAGCUGCUUUCUGUUCUAUUCAUUGUUUACUCUGAGAUAGCCGAUUACCACGAUGUAUUGCACUAACUGGAUAUACUCAGUUUACUAAAGAGGUUGCCCCAUCAGCUCUACAAAGAUGGUGCUCUAAGUGGCUCUGAAACAUUAAAUGGUGAAUACUUAAUAAACUAUAACAGAAACAAACAUUUUAAAAUAAUUUAGGAAAGCUUGUAAAAGUUUCUUUUCCAAAGUAUAUAGUGCUAUGUUGAAAAUCUUUUGACAAAAUUCCCAAUUAAACUAAUCAGUGAACCAUUCCAUGAGUUUGACACCCUGGUCUGGUACCAGUGAAUGUGUGUGUGUAUGUGUUUGUGUGUGUGUGUGUGUGUGUGUGUGUAUGUAUGUUUGUUUGUGUGUGUAUAUAUAUUAUAUAUAUUAUAUAUACAUAUAUAUGUUGGCAGUUUAUAUCCACCCACUUGCUUCUCGGGUGCAGCCUAUACAAAACCCUGUGACUAAAUGAAAUAAUUUAAUUUGUAACUACAAAGUGACACCGGCAUUCCAAAUUGGUGUAGUCUGAUUUGAAGAGGAAUUGUACUUCUAAUCCCAAGUUGCUAUUGGAAGUCUUAAUGAAGAAUUUUGUCUGCACCUCCUUUUUUGGGGGGGGGCGGGAAAUAUGGUGGCAUUUGUUUUGGGUUUCAGUACACAUUGUGAAAUUUGACUAUCCUAACCCAUGGAGGUUUGCUGACCUUGAAAUUUGUAUUGAAGAAUUUGAUUGUUGUACAGUAUAAAUAACAGGCUUUUGUAUAUAAUCUACUAGGGUUCAAACUCCAAUACAGGCAUGUUACGUCAAAGCACUGUUGUAAUUUGAAAUUAGUUACUCACUUUUAAGCAGUUUCAGAGCCCAAUGGAAGUGUUCAAUGUGGAUGUGAGAUAUCAAAUGUCAAUGCCACCUCCAGCACUAAGCGGAAUUUGUGAUUUUGUUAAAAAGUGGAACUUGUUUUUAAAGAAACUGUCCAAACUUUACUUUGUUGAGAUAACAAAGCACAAUUAGCUUCAUUAAAUGAAAAAUGAAAACAAACGUUUAAAGAAACAAGGAUUUUUCAGGUGGGAACAUUUGGAUGUUUAAAUGCAUUUGAAAUUAAAGCUUGAUUUGGAUUUACCCACGUAAGUAAACAAGUUUGAUCCAUUUGUUUACUUUAAUGGAUACCCCUCCCUUUGCAUGUUUCCUUGUAACAGAACAAGCAGCAGAACUGACACAAGCCAGAGCAUUGAAAAGUUGUGACAAACAUUGUGCGUGCAUACUUUGUGCAGCAAAUCAAUUCAUCCAAAUCAAGUUUUCACCUUGUAAUGUUAAAACAUAUUUUUCAUUUUUGCUGGUAGAGUAUGUAUUAUUGAAUCAACAAUGAAUAAAAGAUUAUGCCUCCA